AAUGAAUUUUAUACAAAGAGCAGCUUAUCGUUAUGGAUAAAACAAUAUCUCCAAACUUGAGUAAAUAGGAUUAAGUCAUACCAAAAGUGUCAGCUUAUCAAGACCUUCAAGGUAAUUCUAAAUUUAUUAAGUAUCAGAAAUUUCCAUCCUGGACAAUAAGCACCAAAUGCUUAUAGUGAAUAAUUCACAUAUCCAAAGGACUAUAGACCUUGGACAGUUAAUUAUAAGUACAAAUAAAAUACAACUAUGAUAGAAAGGAUGGAGCUUUUUGGUUAGUCAUGGGUAUUUCUUGGUUUGCAUAUUUCUCUUAUGAGUUGGCAUAUUUGAGAAGAACAGAGCAAGAAGAAAGACCAAAUAAGGAUUAUUAUGCUUCUUGAU